UAUAUUCCUCCAAAAAAUCAAAAAAAAAAUAUUUAAAUCCAAAAAAUAAAUGCUAACAACUUCAAUUUCAUUAAAAUGCCACCAACAACCACCACAAAUCCCCAUAACAACCCUAAAUCUCCAAAAAAUUCCAGAGCCUUCAAAAACAACAAAAAUAGUAAUUGAAGAUUAUGACCCAACAACCUCUUACUCUCCCCCAUUAUACGACUCUUCCACCUCAAAUAGUUGCUCACCAGAUUCGUCAGAAGAAGCUUCUACUUCCUAUUCUGAUGAAAAAGAAAAUAAUUUUUGUAAAAAUUGUUUUGAUAAAAAGGAGGAAAUUAGGGAAAAUAAAAAUUCUGAAACAACAGAAUGGGCAAUUAGACCCGAUGCGAAAUGGAAAGUUAGGUCGAUUGGGCUAUUAGCUGCGAUUUUACCUGGUAAAAUUUAA